AUGCGUAAUGCCGUGUACGAUAAGUUAGACGAUGAUGGACUUAUUGCACCAGGAACUCGAGUGAGUGGUGAUGACGUCAUUGUUGGCAAGACAACAACUCUUCCCGAAAAUGAUGACGAGGUAAGUUGUAAAUAAAGUACGGUGAGAAAUAAAUUAGCCUCAAGUAAGAGGAUUUCCAGACAUUAGAAAAGGGUAGAAAAGAGGGUUACAACCAAGUUGAUAAUUUAGACUGACUGCGAGGUGUUGAGUUAUUCCCAUCUUCAGAAACUCCAGGGAGACUACGUAAAAAACUUCAAGUGCAGUGAUCUCUUGGAUCGUUUGGGUGGACAAACGUUCGGUCGAUAGUAUUCAAGGUAACCGUUAACCAAUCAGAAGGAACGCUUGCCGCCCAAACGAUCCCAGAAAUCCUUGCGCCGAAAGCUUGUACAUAUUUCCUUUAUAGCCUCUAUGUAGUCCUAUUGGACUGCAACACUGUUUUAAUCGUUUAAUAUUGCUUCUCGAAAGAUCAGUAUUUCUUUUGACAAUUCAGUCCAAAAUUUUGCGGUAUGAUGUAUUCGGUGUCUGGUCUUAUUUCAUUUCUGUGUUUUCGAUUGUUUUGUCUUCAGAAAUUAUUUAUGAGUUUUUCAACGACUAAUUGAAGGUUUAAUAAGUUGAGGAAGCAUAAAUACUUGGAUUUCCUUUGAGUUGUUAGUUUCUGUUAGCAGAUGUAAAGACUAACGAGCCACAGAUUAAGAAGGGAAAGCAUGGCACGCUUGUGCAGUCGGCAUCCUGUGUGCAUGCACAGCUUCUGUGAAGAGAAUAUUGCUUCUUUUUGCUAAUAGAACAUGAUAUAAGAUAUAACCUUUAGCUAUCAAAAUGAAAGACUUUAAACGCCAUCAUGGUGUUAUAUUUCAGCUCGAAGGAACAACGCGACGUUUUACAAAGAAAGAUUCCAGUACUUUCCUGCGUCCCAGUGAAACGGGCAUUGUUGAUCAGGUACAUAACCUCUCCUUUAAAAUCGUUUUUAGCUUGACUUGUUAUUCUUAGUGUGCGAGAUGCUUUGACUCUCUGGUAAUUCGAAUGUAAUGGCGUUGUCUUCUAUUCUUCAUUUUUUGUUUUGAUACACAGGUUGUAUUACAAUUUCAUCCUUUUUUCAGUUUAUAUAUUCAUUCAUUUUUUACUCAUUAAAGCGUUUUAAAAGAUGUCACGAAGGCAACAGCAACGAGAAAGUCAAAAGCCAUAGUUUUAUGGAACAAAACAACUCAGUGCACAUGCAUCAUACUUCAGCGUCCCUGCACCCAAUCCGACGUCUACGAAAUGUCCUAGUUUAUUUCGGGGAAAUAUAGUUAUAAUACCCCUCAUGGCAAACUUUGGUGAUCUUGUUUUUUCUUUAUUUUAUCGUUUUUGUUGUUGUUGUUUUAUUGACUUGAUAAUGGUUAAUGGCAGCUGGGGAUGUGAAACUUGUGUGGUAAACGUUUACUAAUACCGGCGCUCGUUUUCUUCUCUACAAGGUUAUGGUAACAAUUAAUCAAGAGGGUUACAGGUUCACCAAAAUUAAGGUAAUCAUCAUCGAACCCACGACGUCCCCAUGUGCAGAAUAUACAUUUGAAUAACGAUCUACCAACUUAGCUGAUAUCGUUAGCACAUAUCAGUACAUGACUACUCCGCCUUUUAUUUCAGUGGGGCCUUGCCUCUCCAGUCUUGCCCACAGGGUUCCUGUAUUCCACUACGUCAUAAUUCAAUGAAACCGUUUGAGGAGAGGGGAACCUGGGAACAUAAUGAAAGGAACUCUGGGAAUGAAGCGGGUGAUAAUGAAAUACUGGCGCGUCAAGUCUAAAAGUCCCAUUUGUCUCCAUUUCUAGUUUUUAUGCCCAUGUGCUAAAGGCCCCAUUCUCUACCUAGGUUCGAUCCGUUCGUGUUCCCCAAAUUGGUGACAAGUUUGCCAGUCGACACGGUCAGAAAGGUACAUGUGGAAUAACAUAUCGCCAAGAGGUAAGCUCAUUAGAAACUUGUAUUAUUGACUAGAUCUUGAGUCCAGCCUUACCUACAAGGUGCAAAUUUUAUUUGGUGUAACCUUUUUUUGUUUUGCAGGACAUGCCGUUUACUUGUGAAGGAAUCACCCCUGAUGUGAUCAUCAACCCCCACGCUAUCCCUAGUCGUAUGACAAUUGGUCACUUGAUCGAGUGCCUGCAAGGAAAGGUAACACGUCAAAGAGUAUCCCUGUAGACUGCAAAUUCAGCCGCCUCUCAUCGCUACCCAUCGCUGAGGUUCGCGAUACGUCCCUAGCAACUGGGUGCGAUGAAAGGCGACUGUAUUCAUGUAAUGCGAUUUUCACUUCUCCAAGAAGAACUUAUUUCUUGUUUAAUGAAUAAAUAGUAUUAACUCUCAGUCACUGUUUUAUGCUUGUAAUGACUGCUGCUUUCUAAAUAAAGUGACAGUUGCUUGGACAUCUCGUGUUGUAUGAGGUCAAAAGACAAGCAAACAGUUCAAAGGGCUUUCCCACGAUGUUUAUCUAUCUGUCCAGCUCUUUUAAAGAGAUUCCGCUUAUUCCCUUGGUUUUCUGUAUUCCCUUUAAAUGUCAUCCUUUCGGAGAGGGUUGGUGUGACUGUUUGAAAGGAAAUAAGCAGUAUAUUAGUGACACUUCGUUAAAUCUCCUUUUGAACUCUUUGUAAUAAGUGGACUGAUUAUCGGUAGGUGUCUGCAAACAAGGGAGAAAUUGGUGACGCUACACCCUUUAAUGACGCUGUGAACGUACAGAAGAUAUCUCAACUGCUCAACGACUAUGGUUACCAUCUGAGAGGUAACGAGGUAUGUGAUGUGUCGUCACCCAGCAGGUCAACUGGUAUCAUUUUGAAUCAUAUUUGUCUAAUUGUCUUGUUUAUGUAUUUGUUUCUUGCAGGUGUUGUAUAAUGGUUUCACAGGUAGAAAGCUGAACGCCCAAGUUUUCUUAGGUCCAACUUACUAUCAGCGUUUGAAGCACAUGGUGGACGACAAAAUCCACUCACGUGCCAGAGGUCCAGUCCAGAUCCUUACGAGACAGCCUAUGGAGGGAAGGUCACGGUAAGCAGAAAACUCUGUUCACACUCGGACUGUGACUCGCUUACGAUAUGUUCCCUUAAAAAUUUCAUGAUCUAAAUUUGAUAAUUUGAUUUGGGGCAGGAGGUGGAAAGUUACAAUGUGACUCUUUUUACCGGGGCCACCUAGACAAAGUUGACCACAUUUUAGACUUGAGGUCGCAUGUUUAUUGCAAAGUGCGGCGAUGGUAGCGAAGAAAUUGCUGGUAAAUGACACAAUCAUGAUAACAGCUUGUGUCAAACAAAUAUGUCUCCAGGGCUGAGUUGCUCAAAACAUGGUUAGCUUUAACCAUUGGUUAAGCAGUAUCAAAACCAAUACGUUGUCAAGGUAUUAAACGCUGGUUAACGCUAACCAUGCUUCGAGCAACUGGGCCCUGGGCGUUAGUUUCGAACAGAAAAACAAUUUUUUUUUUUCAAAUAUACAAACACAAUUUGGAGAAACAAUUUGCUUUCUUGAAAAACGUUUGGUGUCAAUAUUUAAAUUUUGUGCUUUGGGUAACUUAUUGUUUUUUACGAGCUGCUGAUUGGCCCACAAACAACUUUCUUGGAAUUUAUUGUUAUUUUCCUUUAAUCCGAUUGGUCAGCUUUGUCUAGGUGGCCCCGGUUACAGUAGUCGCAUUGUAAGUAUACAUGUAUACAGUUGUAAGUGGAGCUGGGACCGAUGUUUUAUGGCGCGUUUUUAAGACCGUGAAGAGCGCUUAAAUGUAGUGUAUAGUGGGGGAUUUCUAACAAACUCUGAGGAGAUUGUGUGUCGUAAAAGCCUUGUAGGUAGGAUUUCUCAAAAUAAUGUGAAGUAGAAAUUUAUUAAAGAUGCCAAACCCAGCGUUUUUUCAUCAGAUAUUCUUUGACAUUCUUUCCUUUAAAUAGAACCUUUUAUCUGAAAAGGUACGCCAUCUCCGUGCAAAAGUCCGGGUAAAUUAUUAGAACCCGUAGCCGUAAAUACUGGUUGUUUGCCUCUUACCCCGGACAAACGGCAACGGAACUGUGAUGCUAUUAUCACAUCUGGGAAACCAUGGUUUAUAAGUAGGGUAAAGUGCAUCGCAGGCGUUAACGAUCGAGUUAUUGCGCGCAAGCUGCAGCGAGAAAAAAGUAAAUGGAAGUAAGUGGAUGGGCAGGACUGAAGUGGGAAAAGUUUCCCUUCUCCCCUUCCCCCUUCCCCUUAAUUUCCCUUUUUUGUUCUCGACUAACCCGCGCGGAAAGGCUUGCGACGCAGGCUAUAAACCACGUGGUAAACAUGUUCGCCUCCACCCGUAUCCGUAGAGAGAAACGGUGUAUCUUAACUUUUCUUAUUACUGAGUAAGGAAUUUAGGUAUUAGCAACUUAUGUGGACAUGUGUCGAUCUUUAGUAAUGGUGGGCUUCGUUUUGGUGAGAUGGAGCGUGACUGUAUGAUCGCACAUGGUGCAGCACAGUUCCUGAAUGAGCGUCUCUUUGAAGUGUCAGAUCCCUACAGCUGUCACGUGUGUAACCUGUGUGGCCUUAUCGCUAUCGCCAAUUUACGGAAUAACACGUUUGAAUGCAGAGGCUGCAAGAACAAGACUCAGGUAUAAAAAGAAACACCUACAGAGUGUUUUCACAUGACGUAACGGCGGCCAUGUUGGUGUCCCAAACCAAUCUUGUGGGAGUUGAACUCUUUUCUUAUGCAAACCCUUUCUUUUGUUCCGUUAAACUUUUAUGGAUGCUGGCCACGUGAGUGAAAACACUCUAUACACACAAACAAUUAGUUUAGGAACGACAAUUGCUACCUUCUUAAAAAGCUGAAACCUGUCUUCGCCAUGAUUUAUUUCCAAUUAAUAGUGGUCCAGAUAAUAUUUUGGCAUUGAAACUGGCAUUGAAACUGUUUCCUGCCUUCUGUUGCUAUGGAUGGCUAGAAUAGACAUUGAUUGAAACUUAAAGAAGUUGGGCCUAUUUUUUCAAGCGCGGAAGCUUUGCUUGUAAAAAUCACCAACAAGUUGUUAUGAAAAAGUUUUUCAAGUUCUGAAGCUUUGCCUGUAAGAAUUGCUCCCUGGUGAAAUUUGUUUCAUAUCUUUUUCAUAACUGUACAGGAGAAGGAGAAUUUUGUGUAUUGUUUAAGGCACUAAGUAAUGAUUUAAGCACAUAAUUGACCUAAACCUAAACCAGGAAUAGCUCUCUUGACAAAGCCUCGUGAAGGUGCACUGAGUACAGUUAAAGACAUCUCAGUAAUUACAGUCAAACCCCGUUAAUAUGGAUACUGAGGGGGUCAUAGAAAGUGUCUGUUUUAACGGGCUGCCCGUAUUAAUGGGGUUGAAUUUAGAGAAUAUGUAAAAACUGUCUUUCGCCAGGGACAAAGAAAACUGUCCGUGAUAAUGAAGUGUCUGUGUUAAGCGGGGUUUGACUGGACUGACAACGCUGAAUUACAGUCAGUCUUGUUGUUUGCAAAGAUACAACUCAGAAAUCAUACAAUUCCCCACCUCUGUAAUCCAGUCACCUUCGGGGGACCACUUGUCUCUCUUCCGCUGGUGCACGUAUUAAGAAGCUGCAGACUACUCUCAAACUCCACUACAAAAUUAGUCGUAAAGAGCAAAACUUUUUGGCAUGGUCAGGGUCGAGAAUACGUUUUUGUUGUUGUUGCUUUAUUAUCUUGUGGAGCUGCGAAAAAGAUCACAAGGACUUUUGCUUUAUUAUGCGACACCAUCUGUUAAGCAUUUUUGUUCUAGUGCAGGGACCAAGGACUCAGCUGAUUCCAAUAAUGACUAAUGACGAGUUGCUUUGGUUGUUUUAAACAGGUAUCCCGUAUACGCAUGCCAUACGCUGCCAAGCUUCUUUUCCAAGAACUUAUGUCAAUGAGUAUUGCCCCUCGGAUGAUGGUGAACGAGCAAGUCAAAUGA